UACGACCACUAGGGCCCACAACAAGAAUAUCUGAGGUUAUAAAAGCCAACUCUUUCUCACAUCAACUCAAAGUAGGAGAGCAAUUCCACUUACAAAUUAUUUGCUACUUUCUGUAAGAGAUAGAGCAAGACAAUGGGUGCUAAUACUUCUUCGCCAAAAGAUAGACUUUCGCUGAGCGACCUCCGUGCCAGGAAGUCACAGACACCUUACAAAGUCAGUCCCUUUAUCGUGGAAAUGAAAAAAGAGAAUCAGUGGAAAUUUCAGUUAAAUGCUCUCAAAGACACAAACAAGCUGCUGGUGAUCGAGUUCACGGCCAAAUGGUGUGGACCAUGUAAAUUCCUUGAGCCGAAGCUUGAAGAUUUAGCGGCUAAGUACACCGAUGUUGAGUUUGUGAAAAUUGAUGUUGAUGUGAUAAUGAGUGUGUGGAAGGAGUACAACCUUUAUACUUUUCCUGCGGUUAUAUUCAUGAAGAGAGGACAAGAAGUAGACAGAGUUGUUGGUCUGAAGCUUGAUGAGAUAGAGCAAAAGCUCCACAAAUACGCAUAUUCCUUUUGAAAUAUAUGAAGCUUUUACUUGAAUGCCAAACAAAGCUCUUCAUGAUUACCUUAUGCCAAGAAUAGUCUAGUGCUAUGUAUAACUAAAUUUUUAAACCAAGAUUCAGCAAAAUAAAACCUAAUUUGUGUGAUGUAAAGGAAUUGGAAAUUGGAUUUGCAUGUACCCGCCUCGUGUAAAAAUUUUAUGACUAAUUUGUAUUACAGAAUAAUAAAUAUAUCAGUAUUAAAAAAUUAUAUACUAAUGGAAUUAAACAGUUGACUUUUUGAUGGAACUGAAAUGACUUGAUUAACUAAAAUAUGAGAUUUAUUUGUGUCGGACUGAAAGUUAAAUUUUAAAAUGGCUUGUGUUUGUGAGUUGAAGAUUUUUUUAGCAUAAACUUGAAAGUUGUGAUUGUUUUGUCGAUUUUCCCAAAGUACUUCAUGUUAUAUAUUUUCUAGUUUAGUAUUUUUGGACAAUGUUUGUUUAAGGAUUAUUAUCGCCUUUUGAGUCUUUGACGACACUGCAGGAUAUUGUUUCUAUCAGCUUUAGUCUUCAAUAAUGAUGAAAAAAUUGUGAUGUUAUUUUCAUCCACUCCUAUACUUAAUUCGUUCGGUCUCUGUGACGCCAUUUUGUAUUAUCGGAAUUGCAACAUCAUAUUUGACUAAUAAUCAUCUUCUACAUGCAGAAUGGGGACGUUCCUCUGACGAUUCAUCGGAAAUGGAAUUUUUUUUUGCUUUGAUAAUGAUUGGGUAAACAAGUUAGUUAGCAAAAACACACUAGUGGAGGCGCAAUUUUGUUUUUCAAAAGGAAAAUGGAAUAAUAGAAGAGUUCGUGAAGACCUUGCGCAAUUAUGCUUGAGCAUUUUUAAAGUUUUUAAUGAUUGAUAAACAAAUCUUAUAAUAACAACAUCAUUCCUUGAUGGCCAAUGUUCACAUAUAAAAAAGGCUAAACUUGAAGAGUCGUAUACAAAAUAAACUUUAACCCAAAUAUUAGUUAUUCUUGCAUUUUCAGUUUGAAUUUUUUUUAUUUUGUUAACUUAGU